AUGAAGGUCCUUCUGCUUUUUGGAUUGGUGGCAUUUGCCCUGGCUGACAUCACUCGCUUCGAGGGAGAGAAAGUGCUCCGUCUGAAGCCUGUGCUUGACGAACAUGUGACCCUCAUUAAGGAACUGGCUGGCAGCGUGGAGGUUGACUUCUGGAGCCCUGAGACUGCUGAGGUGGUGACCAUCGACAUUGAUGUGGACAUCCGUGUGCCCGCUGCCCACGUUGACAUGGUGUACACCAUGCUGCAGCAGAGUGACAUGAAGCACGAGGUCCUGAUUGAGGAUCUGCAGGGUGCUGUUGAUGCCCAGGCUGACAACGAGGCCUCUCCCAGGAGCCACAGCUACACUAAGUACAACACCUGGGACAAAAUCCACGCCUGGAUUGCCUCCAUUUCCUCCUCCAAUUCUCAGCUGAUCAGCAAGCAGGUGAUUGGAAACACCUACGAGGGACGCCCCAUGACCCUUCUCAAGCUCGGUAAGAAGUCCAGCUCCACCAAGCCUGCUAUCUUCCUGGAUUGUGGUAUCCAUGCCAGAGAGUGGAUCUCUCCUGCUUUCUGCCAGUGGUUUGUCAAGGAGGCUCUGUCCACCUACGGCAGCGACUCCCAGAUGACCAGCCUGCUCAACCAGAUGGAUGUCUUUGUUCUGCCUGUCUUCAACAUUGAUGGCUAUGACUACACCCACAAGAGUAAUAGGAUGUGGAGGAAAACUCGCUCCAGGAAGUCUGGAUCCAGCUGUAUUGGAGCUGACCCCAACAGGAACUUCGACGCUGGCUGGUGCACUACUGGAGCCUCCAGCAACCCCUGCAGUGACACCUACUGCGGCUCCAGGCCUGAGUCUGAGAUCGAGGUCAGGAAUGUUGCUGACUUCAUCCGCAGGAACAAGUCCAUCAUCAAGGCCUAUCUCACCAUCCACUCCUACUCCCAGCUGCUGCUCUUCCCAUACUCCUACACUUAUGAGCUGGCUGCAGACCACAGCGAGCUGCUGAAGGUCGCUGAGGGAGCUUCUGCUGCUCUGCGUAGUCUGUAUGGUACCCGCUACACCAGUGGACCUGGUGCUGCCACCAUCUACCCUGCUGCUGGAGGCUCUGAUGACUGGGCCUAUGACCUGGGAGUGAAGUAUUCCUACACCUUUGAGUUGCGUGACACUGGUCGUUACGGCUUCCUGCUGCCCGAGUCUCAGAUCAAGCCCACAUGUGAGGAGACCAUGCUGGCCGUCAAGUACAUCGCUGCCUAUGUGCAAAAGAACCUCUAUUAAGGAGUGAAACUGCCAGAACCCCUGCCAACUCGACUCCUCUCUACCAAGCCCCAGCCCCCUUCACCCUCCAACCUCUCAGCCAUCUCUAGCCCGUAUCCAUGGAUACAGGCA